CACUGUCAACCCACCCAUAUGGAUGUAGAGUUAUCCAAAGAAUCUUGGAACACUGUACGCCUGAGCAAACUACCCCCAUCUUAGAGGAAUUGCAUCAACAUACUGAAUCUUUGGUUCAAGACCAGUAUGGUAACUAUGUGGUUCAGAAUGUUUUAGAACAUGGAAGACCAGAAGAUAAGAGUAGAAUUAUCGCUAAUGUACGAGGAAAAGUAUUAAGCCUCUCGAUGCAUAAAUUCGCCAGCAAUGUUGUUGGAAAAUCUCUCCCCUACUUCGUAAGAGGCGUGACCGAAUUUUGGGUUUGGUGUAACAGGAUUUGAUUUGAAUUCUCUUCGUAAGAGAAAAAGAAAGAAAAUUGAAAGUAAAUUAAUUAUCCUUCGGACUUACUUUCUCUAAAUCAUCACUACAAUCAUCAUUUUCUCCGUUACUUGAUCACUGUGAAUACUUAAAUUCAGUUACUAUUCUUGUGUGUUAAUCGAAAUCAAAGGAACAAUUUGAAAACAAUGGCUGAAGAGAACACGGAAACCGAUUUGAAAGGAAUCAAUUCCAUUUUUGAUUUCGUCAUGAAAAAUUUGGACGGAGAGGAUGUUCCUCUUGAACAAUAUCGUGGAAAAGUUUGUUUGGUUGUUAACGUUGCGUCCAAUUGUGGACUAACCAAAUCAAAUUAUCGACAAUUAAAUGAACUGUAUGCAAAACUAAAGGACACCAAUAAAUUUGCUAUACUCGCAUUUCCAUGUAAUCAAUUUGCCGGACAAGAACCCGCUUGUGAAACUGAUCUGAAAGAGUUCAAAUUGAAGCAGAAAAUUGAGUUCGACUUUUUCGCCAAGAUAAAUGUCAACGGCAAAGAAGCGGCUCCAUUGUACAAUUACCUGAAAUCGAAACAAGGAGGAAUUCUGGGUAAUUUCAUCAAAUGGAAUUUCACCAAAUUCUUAUGUAACAAACAGGGUAUUCCAGUGAAACGAUACUCACCAACAACCGAACCCUUGCAAAUCGAAAAGGAUAUUACCAACUUAUUGGAGGAAUAAACAAAUUAAUCAGUAAUUAAUCAGCCAAUUGGAACAACCGCAACAAUCAACAGUACUUAAAACAAUUAACGGAAAUCCAAUCAUCACAAUUACAUUCGUAAUACUGAUCGUUAAUUUCAUCACAAUUCAUUCAAUGUUUUCAACUUCCAUAAUUUUUUUUUUCUAAUUCCUGAUGAGCGAGAAAAAGUUUUAUUUUAUUAUUAUUAUUUUCCUUAACAAGAAAUUAAUAUUAAUUAUCCGGAAUUAAUAAUUCUAUGUAUCAUAAAAUCAAACCUUAAUUGUUACAAUAAAAACACUGAUUCCAAUAAUGA